UCCGUGGUUCUCUGAGUCGGUGUCGUGCCUGAUGUAACGCCCUUUCACGGAGAUCCGCCAAGGUGCCCAGGCAGAACCCUGUGCAAGCGUUUACAGUCGCUCUUAUCUCACCCCUCCGUGCCCUGGGAAGACCCGCAAAGGCUGGCAGAUUAACGGUGACCUACAGGGUGACGGCACGCCUGUGUCUUGACGUCGGACGGAAGAGGAGAUGAUUAAUUCGGGAUAAUCAUGUCAUCCUUUCAAGAAGUUCCAUCAUCAGCCAGCACUUUGCAGACCUCCAAUUUUGCACAUGUGAUUUUUCAAAAUGUCGCAAAAAGUUACCUUCCAAACACACAUCUUGAAUGUCACUACACUCUGACCCAGUUUAUCCAUCCUCAUCACAAAGACUGGGUUGGUAUUUUCAAGGUUGGUUGGAGUACUGCAAGAGAUUAUUACACUUUUCUUUGGUCACCUAUGCCAGAAAAUUAUGUGGAAGGAUCAACUGUUAACUGUGUGCUGACUUUUCAAGGAUAUUAUCUACCAAAUGAUGAUGGAGAAUUUUAUCAGUUCUGUUACGUGACUUACAAAGGAGAAAUCCGUGGAGCAAGCACACCCUUCCAGUUUCGUACCUCUUCUCCUGUUGAAGAAUUGCUCACUAUGGAAGAUGAAGGAAACUCUGAUAUGUUAGUGGUGACCACAAAAGCUGGACUUCUUGAGUUUAAAAUUGAAAAAAUAAUAAAAGAAAAAGAAGAGCUAUUAAAGGUAACUUCUGUUCUGGAAAAGGAGACAACACAACUCAGAGAUCAAGUUGAACAACUGGAAAAAGAACUUAACCAUGAAAAGCAGAGAUGUGAACAACUGCAAACAGAGCAAAAGGAUAAUAUUCAAACAUCAGAAGCUUUUAAAAGGGAAAAUAAUGAUUUGAAGAAAAAACAUGAUGAGGCUGCUUCAAAAGUUCUCCAGCUUGAAGAAGAUAUCAUGACUGUUACUCAGAAAGCCAUUGCAAAAGAAACUGAGUUAGACAGUCUGAAGGACAAGCUGAAGAAAGUGAUGCUUGAGAAGGAGCAACUUGAAUGUGUGUUAAAGACAGAAAAGGAUGAAAAAGAACUUUAUAAGGACGAGGCAGGUAUUUUGAAAGAGCAGCUUCGGAAAGCUGAAGAUCAGAUUCAGGCUAGCAAACAAGAAGCUGUUCUAAUGUCAAAAGAGCUGAGUGAUGCAGUAAAUGUGCGGGAUAAGACAAUGGCAGAUCUUCACAGUGCACGCCUGGAAAAUGAAAAAUUCAAAAAGCAGCUUGCUGAAGCUUUAGCCGAGCUCAUAAAAAUCACAGCUUUGAAAAAUGAACAGGAAGCUUCAAAUGCAGUGGAGCAGGAGCUGCGCAGAGAAGUUGAAGAUCUGAAGCUUCGUCUACAAAUGGCCGCUGACCAUUACAAGGAAAAAUUCAAAGAAUGUCAAAAACUUCAGAAACAAGUAAAUAAGUUUACAGAACAGGCAAAAACUGCAGGGCAUCAACAGAAACUGACAGAUGCUUCUAACGCUGAAACAGCUACUGCCGUCCUUACAGGCAAAAAGUUGUCUGCAUCUCCAGUUAGCCCCAUUUCAUCUGACAUAGUUUCGGAAUCCAUGGUAAAGGAGCAAGUGCGUGAAAUGAAUAAAGAGAUUGCUGAGAAAACAGAGAAGUAUAAGAAAUGCAAGCAAAUGUUGGCAGAUGAGAAGAUGAAAUGCAGUGUUUAUGCUGAUGAAUUAGCCAAACUGGAGCUGAAGUGGAAAGAACAAGUGAAAAUCAACGAGGGUAUAAAAUUACAGCUGGCAGCAAUGGAGGAUCAGUAUAAAAUUCAGCUGGCAGAAAAAGAGAGACGAAUAAAGGAAUUGGCAUCGCAGCUGGAACUCUUUACCAGUGAGAAGGAACUUGGCAGGACACCAGGAGAUCAAGCUGGAAGGAUGAUGGAAGGACAGACUUCACAGCAGACAUUACAUUUUCGCAACCCAUAUUCAGAGGAAAGUGGACCAGUUCCUGCAGUGCCAAGUAGACUACCAGUAUUGCAAUAUGGAAACCCUUAUGCAAUUCAGGAAAGAAGAGAUGGAGCAGAUGGCGCUUUUAAUCCUGAUGAGAUCCAAAGACCACCUGUUAGAAGUUCCUUUUGGGAGCUAGAAGAUGAUGUAGUGUGUAGCCAGCCCUCACGCAAUCUCAGUCGGCCUGAUGGUUUAGAAGAUCCUGAGGAUAGCAAUGAUGAUGACAACACUGUACCUUCUGCUCCUGAUCCUCCAAGUCUUCUCUUGCGUGAGCGGGGCACAGGCUUCUGCUUUGAUUCCAGUUUUGAUGUGCACAAGAAAUGCCCUCUCUGCGAUGUGAUGUUUCCCCCAAACUACGACCAGAGCAAGUUUGAGGAGCACGUUGAGAGCCACUGGAAGGUUUGUCCCAUGUGCAGUGAGCAGUUCCCGCCUGACUACGACCAGCAAGGCUUUGAGAGGCACGUCCAGACGCACUUCGAUCAGAACGUAUUAAAUUUUGAUUAAAUACCUUGUUUUGCAGUGUAGCUUAAACCCCCACCACUUUGAGUAGUCCACCUCCGAAACACAAGCAGUGCAGCUUUCUGUAACAGUGCAAAACUUCUGAUUAAAAGCUCAUGUACUCUAAUGGGAGCCAUGGCUGUAAGCUGCUAUGGGGUUAUGUUCUCUCUCUGCCUAACACUUUACUAAGGAGACCCACACCCCUCACCUUGUUGUGUAUGUAGCUAUUUAUUCCCCUACUUAGUGGAAUUUCUUCCCCUACUUAGUGGAAUGCCUAAGGACACAGGAAUGACUGAGCCUCAGAAAAAAUGAGACCGGCUUCAUGGUGUUCUUCAGCUACAUUUAAAAAAGUUCAUCAAAACAUCUGUGGUUUCUCCUAACCUUGAUAACUGGGGCACAAUUAAAAAUGUAAUAAGCAGGUGUUUCUCCUAGCAAAUCCACAUAGCUUUUCUCUGAGUAACACUUAAAUUGGAAAGCUACAUUACUUACCCUAUGAAAAUAUAGUUUUCUAGUACAUUUCUGAGAUGUAGAUGCAUGUACUGUGAGAUUCCAGGCUUGCAACAAGAGGAAUGGCAAAUACUUUAGUUUCACAUGUAGAAUGUUUGCCUUAAGGAAUAACGUUCAGUGAGGUAUGUUAUACUUUAAGGCAGUGGUUUUGAGUUGAAAGAGACAGCUGUGCUUAAAUGCCUAAAAGUAAUUGUUUAAAAAAUAAUUGCCAUUAUGUUGCAGUUUUAUUCAGUAGAAAAUAUUGUUCUAUUUUCACAACAGUGGAUUGUGUUCCUUCUGGCUUUUAAAACCUUUUGUGUUUUAACUUUAUGUAUUUCUUUCCAAUAAGUAAAAACACGUGUGUAUAUCUAAACAUUUUAUAUUUACUUUAACUGUAUUAAGUAAAUUUGCUUCCCACUUGUUGUACAGUAGUCUUGUUACAUUAAAAGCAGAAUUAUUCAUGGA